ACAGUCUAUACUAGAUUCAAAAGAAUUUAGGGAGGUGCCCAAAGAUCCAACCCAAACUAUUCAAAAUAAAUGUAAUAAAUUUAUAACCACAUUGUGUGAAAGAGGAUACAUCAGUGAUCAGCAAGCUAAGCAAAUGAAAACAUAUAACUCCACAUGCCCGAGAAUAUAUGGAAACCCGAAGGUACACAAGCCUGACAACCCGUUGAGACCCAUUAUAUCAAGUGUAAAUAGUCCCACGUCAAAACUAGCAAAAUUUGUGGCAGACAUUCUAAAGUCAGCAUACAACCCAAACAAUGACUAUUAUAUAAAGGACACAUUUGACUUCGCUAACCAAAUUAAUGAUUUCCAACUUCCCAACAACCAUAAAAUAGCAUCAUUCGAUGUAGUUAACUUAUUUGGAAACCUAGAUAAAAAUAAUAUCAUCAAAAUCCUAGAAAAAAAGUGGGAACAAAUUCAGGAACAUGCAAACAUUGAUAAGGAACUCUUCCUGGAAAUUACACUGUUCAUACUCGAAAACAACUACUGUACGUUUCGUGGAAAAUUCUACCAGCAAAUAUUUGGCUGUGCGAUGGGGUCAGAAAUCAGUCCUAUUCUAGCAUUAUACGUUAUGGAUGAUCUACUUGAUAACAGCAUAAGUAAACUGAAGUUCAGAAUACCCUUUAUCAAAAAAUUCGUCGAUGACAUUGUCUUGGCCUUGCCUGAAGAUCAGAUUGAAGACACAAUGAGAUGCUUCAACUCCUACUGUAAAGACCUGCAGUUUACUAUUGAGAUGGAAGAUCAGGAGCAAGGAGUUCCUUUUCUCGACACAAAAGUACACCGACAGAACAAUAUCAUUAAGUUAAAUUGGUAUAGAAAAAAUACCUCAGCAAACAAGUUUAUAAAUUAUCACUCUGACCAUAAUAUGAAUAUAAAAAUCAAUUUUAUUAAGGGAAUGAAAGAGAGAAUCAUCAAAAUAUGCCAUGAAACCUUCAAACAAAAUGCAUUGAAAACAUUAUUCGAGAUCCUAAGGCAAAAUUCAUAUCCAGCUGUUUUGUUAAAUAAACUUAUAUAUGCGUCGGAGACAACACCCCAGCCUGAUGUACAACAGCAAGAACAAAAGGACACAGAAGAGAAGCUUUAUGCAUCCCUCCCUAAUAUUAAAGAACUGACUUCCAAGAUAAAAUCUAUUUUCAAAGACGAAAAGGUACUUCUGACAACAUACAAUAAAAAAACAGUGAAAUCACUAUAUAGCACUCUCAAGGAUCCAAUACCAACAGAAUUAAAGAGCAAUGUGGUCUAUCAGCUGGGCUGUCGGGAUUGUCGGGGUGUGUAUGUUGGCCAGACAUCCCAAUGGGUUAAAAGCAGAAUAUCCCUGCACAGAUCAGACAUCAGAAGAAACAAGGAUCGAUGUGCACUGGCAAUACAUGCUAAUAACUUGGACCAUCAAAUUGAUCUUGAAAACGUAAAAAUACUCAAAAUAGAAAAAAAUUAUCACAAAAGAUUAAUACAUGAAAUGAUAGAAAUCAAAAAGGGUGAAUACACUAUAAACAAGAAAUCGGACAUACAAAAACUCAGCAAUAUUUACAGCUAUUUACUUGAAAAAGAAAAAGAAAAUGAAUUCUAUGACGGUCCAUUGGAUGAGUGACAGGAUAGUGACACGUCGACUCAACUUGUCAUCGUUAUAUUUUAACAUGAAAAACAAAUAAUUAAUCAUAGUACAUCACAGUGAAAUAUUGGAUAUUUGGAUGUUACUUUUGUAUGUGUGUGUCAAAGACAUUCCUGUACGCGACCUUGUAUGUUUCGUUGGACGAAAUUCUCAAUGUGUUUUAUUAAAAAAAUCUCGUUUUCGAAACCCUGAGGAUGCAAUAAAUUAAUUGCGAAAGCUCGGUAAAGAAAAAAGAGUUCACAUUUAUUACAUCAGAUACCUGAGUCACUACACCCUUAACCUAGCAGUAUUAAAAAGAAAAGGCUCUUAGUUCUGUUAACUUAAUAAUAAUGGGAUUUUAUAAUGGUAUCAGCGACAGAUAUGGACCCGAAACAACAAAACAAUUGAAGAUAUGGAGUUCUAGCAACAACAAGUUAGCAGCAGCUCGAAACAGGAGAAUAUUUUUACUUGAAUGUAAAAGGCAGGAUUUGGUACCAGGACACAUUGUGUCGAAUAUGAAAAAUGUGAUGGGUUUGUUCGAUUAUGGUAAUAGAAGAUUAAACAACAAAAUU